AUGGCGCGCACGGCCCCUGUGGAGCCCCCGCUGCGGCAUCCCGCGCCCCCCUCGCCGGCCGCGGGCGAGCCCCGCACCUCGAUUGAGGCAGCGGUGGCUCCGCGGAGGGUGCUCUUCGCCGACGAGGCCCUGGGGCUGCCGCUGGCGCAGCUGCGCCGCUACCGGCCGUGGGGCGGGCCCGGGGCGGGCAAGAUGGCGGCGGCGGCCGGGCAAGAUGGCGACGGCGGAGGGGCUGAGGAGGACGACGAUGGCGAGGAUGGGGAUGAAGGGGAGGAGGAAGAGGAGGCUUGCUCCGAGCCCUCGCCGCUGUGCCCCGUGCCCGCCGGAGGGGGGUUUUACCUGGUGCCCACAUUUUCGCUGCCGCCCGCGCCGGGCCGUCUGGAGCGCUUGGGGCGCGUCAUGGUGGAGCUGGAGGCACUGCUGCCGCCUCCUGGAGCGGUUCCCGGGGGUGCCGGGGUUUGGGUGCCAGGGGGGCGCCCGCCGGUACUGCGCGGGUUGGUACGCGUGCUGAACCGCUCCUUCGAGAAGGCGGUGCACGUGCGGGCCUCACACGACGGCUGGGCUUCCUUCUGCGACCACCCAGCGCGCUACGUCCCGCGCAGCCCGCCGGGGGCAGGAGCGGGAGGACCAGGAACAGGAGAUCCCAUCCUGGAUCCGGGCCUUGGCCUGGGCCCCGGCCAGGCGCCCGCCUCCUCGCCCGAUGAUGGCGGCCGCACUGACCGCUUUGCCUUCCAGCUGCCCUUUGCUGAGGGCGCGGGCGAUGGGGCGCGCCUGGACUUCGUGGUGCGCUAUGAGACCCCCGAGGGCACUUUCUGGGCCAACAACCACGGCCGAAACUACACAGUCCUGCUCCGGAUCGCACCCGCUCCCACACCCACUGAUGCCGAAGGGCUGCCCCAGCAGCAGCAGCUGCCGCAGCUGGAGCCACAGCCUGAGUGCCAGGGUCCGGUGGAGGCUGAGGCCAGGCAGCUGAAGAGCUGCAUGAAGCCGGUGAGGCGCAGGCCUAAUGAGGAAGAGCUGAGGAUGAGGAGCCCGGAUGAUGAUAGUCCUGCUGUGGCAGAGCGUCCUGAUGUCCAGGAGUCAGUGGGUCCCCUGGUAGCCCCCACCCCUCUCCGUCCAUGGCCCCAGAUGACACUUCAGGUGUCUGAAGUUACAGUGACUGGCAAACGCCCAGAGGAAGGUGAUGGCCCCCGAAGCAGUCCGCCUGUGGCUUUCACAGAGGUCCCCCAGGCACCAGUCAUCAGGAUUCCUGCCUCCUCCUCUCUCUGUGGCCUGGGAGGCGCCCCCAGGGACCAGGCCUCAGGGCCCGAUGCAAGUGAGGGGCCAGUGGGGCCUCUCCUGGAACCCAGCCAGCACCAGGUGGAGGCCACGUGGGAAGUACCGAGUGAGAAUGGAGGGGGCCGAAAGGACCCCAUGGUGGGGGCCAUCAUGGAUGAGCCACCUGGGGGUCUGGAGGCCAUGAGUGGGUUGGAGGAGCUGCUUGGCGAGGACACCAUUGACCAGGAGCUGGAGCAGCUCUACCUGUCCCACCUGAGCCGCCUGCGGGCUGCUGUGGCUGCAGGUGGGGCAGGAGGUGAUGGGGAGGGCCCCACAGAUGGGGGGUUGUCCCCCAGCCAGCCCCUGGGCAUACUCACGGACCGCGACCUGAUCUUGAAGUGGCCUGGCCCCGAGCGGGCCCUGAACAGCGCCCUGGCUGAGGAGAUCACUCUGCACUAUGCCCGGCUAGGGCGCGGUGUGGAGCUCAUCAAGGACACAGAGGACCCUGAUGAGGAGGGGGAGGGCGAAGAAGGGCUCUCCAUGAUACCCUCCAGCCCAGAAGGGGACACCCCAAAGGAAUCGCCUCCGGAAAUCCUCUGUGGGGCCCAUCCUGUGGCAGCCACUAUGGGAGAUGUGUGGCUCCCGUGGGCAGAGGGCUCGGGAUGUGACAGCCCUGUGGUUUUGGGGACAGAGGGUCAGUUCACUGUGGCUCCAGAAAAGGGAAUGGGCAAGGACACUGACUCUUUGCACAUGACUAGGAUGAUAGCUGGGGUGACAGGGUCCCUGGGGGUGUCUGGGACAGAAGCCCGGAUGGAGUUUACUGCUGAGUGGGCAGACAGUUCAGUUCCUAUAUCUGGCCAGGAGUUAGCUGCUCCAGCCCCUCAGGGGCAAAAUCUCACCCUCCUUGGCCCCUUGGGCACUGAAGUCUGUCCUUCCAGCCUGGCCAGGCCCCACAUGAGCUCCCAGGAGGAAGAGAGUUCAAGCCCAAGCCUUGAGCCCCCCAAAAGUUCUCCCACCCCAGCAGCCCCUGCAGAAUGUGUGUGUAUAUUACCUCCCCAGCUCCGGGGACCCUUGACCCAGACUCUGGGGGUCUUGGCUGGGUUGGUGGUGGUCCCUGUGGCUCUGAACAGUGGUAUGUCCCUCCUGGUGCUUGCACUGUGCCUCUCUCUGGCCUGGUUCUCGUAGGAGCUGCUGGUGGGAUCAGCAACAACAGGCUUUCCUCUCUGGGGUCUGGGGAGGGGAAGCCCUUGAACCACCCCCAGAGGGAUCAGAUGAGAUAUGUGACCUGUAUAGUGAGGGGACCAUGGUCCCUUGCUUCUGAGAAUGUUCAACUGGAGAGAGCCUUCCUGUCCCUGUCCCUGUCCCCGAGCUCUCAUUAGCACAGGGCUCCCUGCAGUGACACCAGUGGAGAGGAAGAGGGACUGGUGGAAGGUAUGAACGGGAAGAACUUCAGAAUGGAACUGGGCAUGUCCUCCCUUCCCUACCCCCUACCCCGAGCCUGUAUUUAUUUUUGUAUAAUUCUCUGGAUGAGGGAGAGUGGUCGUGAGCUGGUCUUGGGGCACAAUUACCCAGAGAUAUAUUUAUUAACAGCCAACCUGUGCAACCUGCUGGAGCUUUAUUUUUAAUUUAAUUUAUAUAGAGUACCUAUUAUUAUAUGCCACAAUAGAGCUCUAUGAGAAACAGUGUCUUACUGUGCAGUGUCUCCUGUUUGAGUAUGAGUGUGCAGGGUGGGUGAGUGUGCAGGGUGGUCACGUUGUUUUGUGGGAGGACUGUUGGGAUGUUAGGGGUUGGGAUGUGGUCAUGGCUGCUGCUGCUAUUUAAAAAUGUCCUUGUCACCUCACCUUGUCCUAAACUAUGUGGUCUGGGUUUUUUUUUUUGGGGGGGUGUGGGGGGAAGGUCUUUUGAUCUUUUCCACAUUCUGCCAGUGUGGGGAGAAGUAGCCACACCAGGGUUUGGUGUCACACAUGCGGCUACAGUGGUGGAUGUGGUCACUUUGGAUGUGGGAAUAAUGGUUGUAUGUCAGCCACAAGGUUUUGAGGUUACUGAAAAAAAUGCCUGUGACAUUCAACAGGGAGACCCAUCUGCCCCCAAGACAGGUGACAUCUCAGGAGGGACAGAGGCUUAAUGUACUGUGAAAGAAUCAGACCAGAGUUGCUGUCCACACACAGCACAUGUCUAACUCAAAAACAGGAAACCCAGACCCCAGACUGUUGGGGUAAAAAAGGAUAGAUAUAUUUACUGCAUGCAAAUAAAAGCUCUACUUAGCAAAAUAAAGCACCACAUAUUUAUUUACUUCCCUUUACAGCCAGACUUCUUGAAAGAAAUACUUACAUAAGCUUUUUUCAGUUCUUCUCCGGCACUUCAAAGCUUUUCUGAAAUAGCUUCCAUCAGAGGUUCUGCCCAGCCUCCUCAGCAAAGGAGCCAAAGUCACUGAAGAUACCGUGUUAUAUCAGCAGUCAAGUCUCAGACCUCAUCUUACUUGAUGUGUUGGCAGCAUCCAACACAGUUAUCUCAACCUUGAUGGCCCUUCUUCACUUGGUUUCCAGGACACUGUACUUUCCUAGUUUCCCUCCUUCCUCAUUGGCCACUCUUCUAGGAGAUGCUCAAUUAAAAAACCAAACAAACAAACAAAAAAAAAAACCCGACAAGCAGCAGCAAGCAAAUGGGGUGGGAGGGAGCGGUAUUGCCAGGCAUGCAUGCCUCGAGAACUUAGCUGGUCAUUUAGUGGUGACAG